AUGUCGCAGCUCCAACGUCCGUUGACUUUCUUUGGCAAGUUCUAUUUGUUGGUUCAGUCUGCUCUCAACGAUGCUGAACGCAUGUUACAGCUCCUUGAGAAACAACCAACGGUAUUUGAUCGCUCUCAUGCAAUCCCAUUUGACAAAUGUGAGGGCGGAAUCAAGUUCCAGGGUGUUGAGUUCUCCUAUGAUACGCGAAAGCCUAUUUUGAGAGGGCUGACAUUUGGCUGCCCACCAAGAACUACUACAGCUAUAGUUGGAGAAUCUGGUGUUGGCAAAUCUACUACUUUCCAGCUUAUUUACUGGUUGUACAAUGCUACCAGGGGUGUCGUGGACACAACGUACAUAAUGUAA